UGACUCUAAUGUCACGCGGCAGUACUGUGACUGAGUUAGGCAAGUUUAUUUCAGGAAUUGUUCAGAAAGUGGGCGAACUUCGACAAGAGUUCCUAUUUUCCGCCACGAAACAAAUAUUACUGGAAAAAUAAAUGCCGAUAAGAACAAACCAACAUGAAACAUAGCUAGCAGUCGUUAAAUGACAGACGUCUGGUAACGAAAUCAAAGGUAGCUAGCCUUCAUUGUACUGUUUGCUAAAUUGUCAUCUAGCUAUUGCUACACCAUUUAUUUUAGCUUAAUUAACUUGUAGUUAGGCAGCGUUAGAUAAUUUUGUCAACUAAGCCAGGUUCUGUGUAUUGUAGGUAGUAGCUAACGUUAGCAUUCUAGCUGUCUAACUAGCGUUAUCCAUGACAUUACAUGGUUUGAGCUAGUUAGUUCUUUUCGGGAGGAUCUGGCUACAUGUAUUUGAUUGAUUAGGUUGAGGAAACGAUAGCUGGCUGUGUGUUGCUGGCGCUACUAGUCGGAUAACUAAAUGACUUUGCCUUCUCACCUAAACGAGCGCAUAGUUGGCCGGCUUUGAGUUUCCCUGUUAGAGGUUCGUCUUAAUCUGCAAAGUGCAUCAUGUCAAGUAGGGAGGUCGGCGAAACCACGCCGCUGUUGGAGAGUGCUGCAGCUGGAAACAGGUUUCAAGGAUCAGUCUUUCAGGGCAGAAGACUGGCAUGUGCGGCAGUCCUUCUGGCCGAGUCCUUUGAGCGAGUGGCAUUUUACGGCAUCAUCUCCAACCUAAUCCUCUUCCUCAAUGGGAGCCCUUUCUACUGGGAGGGUGCGCAGGCCAGCCAAGCCUCUCUACUUUUCAUGGGGGUCACGUAUCUGGUGUCUCCGUUUGGUGGUUGGCUGGCAGAUGCCUACUUGGGGAAGUUCUGCACCAUCGCCUGCAGUUUAUUCCUUUACCUCAUUGGGAUGCUGUUUUUUCCCAUGAUUGCGAAUGAGAGCACCAGGAUUGGACUGUGUGGGGAAGAAAUGGCUUUCCCCGUACUGCCCCCGGAGUGCCUGAGCAACAACAGUACUCCCCCAAGCAAUGUGUCCUGCCCUACCCGUAAACCCUACUGUGGACCGGCAAUCUACAGCGCCCUUGUCCUCGUCGCCUUGGGUGUGGGAACAGUGAAGUCCAACAUCACUCCUUUUGGGGCUGACCAGGUAAAAGACCGGGGACCGGAGGCGACACGACGGUUCUUCAACUGGUUCUACUGGUGCAUCAACCUGGGCGCCAUCUUGUCUCUCGGGGGCGUGGCCUACAUCCAGCAGAACUUCAGCUUCCUCGUGGGCUACAUCAUCCCGGCCGUGUGCCUGGGCAUCUCGCUCGUGGUCUUCCUGCUGGGCCGCACCGUCUUCGUCACCAAGCCCGCCGACGGCAGCGCCUUCACCGGGGUCUUCCAGAUCCUGGCCUUUCUCUGCUGCUCCUCGCGGAGGCCCAAAGAGCCCGACCUACUCCGGCCCAAGCCAACACUGCUGGACGGUGCCAAAGUGAGCUACGGAGGAAAAUUCCCAGAGGAGAAGGUGGAGGAGCUGAAAUCCCUGGUCAAAAUCAUCCCCGUAUUUCUCGCUCUCAUCCCCUACUGGACUGUGUACUUCCAGAUGCAGACCACCUAUAACCUUCAGAGCCUUCACUUAAAGAUCCCAGAAUUUGCUGGUAACAGCACCAACGCCAGCACCCCAAAUCAGAAUUCCCUGUUCCGCUUUCCGGCGGCCUGGCUCACCAUGUUCGACGCGGUGCUCAUCCUCAUGCUCAUCCCCCUGAAGGACAAGGUGGUGGACCCCAUCCUGAAGCGCAAGGGCCUGCUGCCGUCCUCGCUCCGGAGGAUUGCCGUGGGCAUGUUCUUCGUCAUGUGCUCGGUCGUCGCCGCCGGGAUACUGGAGACCAAGCGGCUGGAGAUCGUCAAGGCCUACGGUCCCGUCAACCAGGUCAUAGGCGGGGUCACGUACCACGCGGCCGACCUGCCCAUCUGGUGGCAGAUACCGCAGUACGUGCUGAUCGGGAUCAGCGAGAUCUUCGCCAGCAUCGCAGGUCUGGAGUUUGCGUACUCGGCCGCUCCCAAGUCCAUGCAGAGCGCCAUCAUGGGCCUGUUCUUCUUCUUCUCUGGUAUCGGCUCCUUCGUGGGCUCCGGCCUGCUCGCCCUGGUCUCCCUCGAGGGCAUCGGAUGGAUGUCCUCCCACAGAGACUUCGGCAACAUCAACGACUGCUCCCUGCAUUACUACUUCUUCCUGCUGGCAGGUAUCCAGGGAGUCACCCUGCUGCUCUUCAUCAUCGUUUCGGUGAAAUACGACAGGCAGAGAGCGAGGCCGGGGAGCCAGAGGCAGACCAGCAUCACCUCCUGACCUGGGGGCCGGACUCCUAGGGCCCUUCCCUGUUAUCACUCUCAUCUCCUCUCCAGCUUUUUUCGAAACAAAGAUUAAAAAGCCCGCCAAUUUUUGUUUUAUUUUAUUUAUUUAUUUUUUUUACAAUUGACCUACAUAGCAAAGCGGAACAUAAAAAAAACAUUUUUUAACUGUUGUUCCUGACUUCAAUUCUAUUGACUUUACAAAUCUUUUAACAAGUAAAAUAUCUUAAAAUAUUAAGAAUUUCUAAAUCUUAACCGACUUACCUGAGGCUAAGUCUUAUCACUUAUGAUUUGAUAAGCAUAGGUGAUAAGAUUUGACUUGCUGUGAUAAUCUGACCUGUUCUGGGUAGUACUGUAUGUUUGCCCGGGACAGCUUGUGGUGUGAGUUCUGCAUAAUG